GAGGAGGAGAGGGGGGUAGGGGCGUCCGACAGCCUCGCAGUCGCACAGCUUGCGGGCUGCGUGGAUCGGCUGGGCGAGGUGUGCCCUUGGACGGCGAGGCAGCGCGCUGCGGACCUGCUCUUCCACACCCGGAAGGAGCUGCUCGAGGUGGAGGAGGUGCUGCGGGCGAAAGAGAUCGACGAGUCCGCUCUCUGCUCCGAGCUGGGGGACAUGCUCUUCGACGUGCUGCUCCUCAUUCGAGUCGCCGCGAGGGACCUCUCCCCCGCGGCCGUGAGCCUCGAGGCGUGCGCCGCCGCGGCCUGCGCAAAGCUGCGGCGGAGGGCGCCCUACGUUAGCGGAGCAGCAGUCCCCGCGUCGCCCGAGGAGGCGGAGGCGUGGUGGCAGCGCACCAAGGAGGCGGAGAAAGCGGAGGCGGCGAAGGGGGAGGAGCCGCCGCCGCCGCCGCCGCCGCCGCCGCCGCCGCAGCCGCCGCAGCCGCCGCCGCCGCCGCCGCCGCCGCCCACGCCGCCCUGCCCGCGGCCGCCGCUGGCCGGGCCGGAAGUGGCGGCGUGGAAGGUGGCGUCGGCCCGUGUGGCCCCGGCUGCUCUCGCACGACGGGAGAAGGAGGUCUCGGCCGAGGGGGGCGAGGGACCGAAGGCAGCGCCGGCCGUCUCGGGGGCCGCGAGUCCCCUCGACGGCGACGGCGAGUCGGACACGGGCUCGCUGCUCGGCCUGAGCGACUGGGAGCGGGACCUCGCCCGGCAGUCCGACUCGGACGAGGAGGACUAG